AUGUUUGGAAAUCAAAUAACUGAAAGGAAAGGUCUUGAUUUGACGAUCCCACAUAAUAACACAACUAAGAAGAAACUGAUUUUCAAAAUUUUAUUUAUUACAUUAGUCAUUAUAUCAAGUGGAAUUUUCUUAUAUUCAUCAACAACAACAAUAACAUCAUAUUUUUGUUAUCAUAAGCAACAACUGACAAAUCUGAUUUCUAAUAUUCCUGCAAAAAUAGAUAUUGAUGUACCCUUGUCAAUAGAACAAACAAAUGUUGAUAUUAAUGUUGCCGUUCGAGAACUAAUUGAUAAAAAAAAUGUUGAAUCCAUUGGUCUAGAGUAUAUUAUUAAACGAGAAGACAAGAAAGGGGAUAAUACAGAUGACAACAACAAGGACGACAAUAACAACGAUGAUUCUAAAAAGAAAUCAAAACCUAUAUAUGAUCAACCAGGUAUGAGAUUUGUAUUUGCUUUAUUUGCCUUUGUUUUUUUAAAUAUGAUUGCCAUUUGUAUUCAUCAUAUUUAUAUGAAAAUAACCAAUGCAGCCAAUGCUUAUAAAACUGUUGAUGAUGAAAUUUCACCAUUUUAA